AUUCUUGUGUCUCUCCUUUGCCUUUUUACCAAUGUAUUUUCACUUAAUGUUACUUUAAUUAAUAAAUUUUAGUCUUAAAUAACGUAUCUAUAUAAAUUAAAGUGGCUUAUUCGAAAAUCACCAAAUUUUCAUUGAAGGAGACGGGGACGGGGAAAACGAAGCUAUCUAUACCCAAGAUCAUGACUCAGAACGGUGCCAAAAUGGCGCCAAACUCCAAAAUUGUGGAAGAACCUGUUCAAUAUAAUGGAUCAGAGAAACUGGAAUACAAAACAAAAAUAGUUUGGCGAAAUGUGCUUCUUUUUGUAUACCUACAUUUAUCCAUGCUGUAUGGUUUAUAUUUAAUUUUUACAUCAGCCAAUGUGAAAACUGCUUUGUUUGGGUACAUUUUCGGAAUUUUAGGGGGCCUGGGAGUCACUGCAGGAGCCCAUCGAUUGUGGUCUCAUCGCUCCUACAAAGCUAGAUGGCCUCUGAGGGUUAUUCUCUGCAUUUUCAACACUAUCGCAGCUCAGAAUGACAUCUACGAGUGGUGCCGAGAUCACCGGGUCCACCACAAAUUCAGCGAAACCGACGGAGACCCACACAAUAUCAAGAGAGGUUUCUUCUUCGCUCACAUGGGAUGGUUGAUGUGCAAGAAACAUCCGGAUGUCAAGACGAAAGGAAAAAUCGUUAAACUGGACGAUCUGUGGGCUGAUCCUAUUGUUCGAUUUCAGAAAAGGUUUUACAUUCCUUUGGUCCUUUUCUUUUCUUUCUACCUGCCAACUAUGAUACCCGUGUGGUGUUGGGGGGAAACGGUAUGGAAUUCCUUUUUCGUCGCAGUCAUGGCAAGAUACUGCCUUGGCUUGAACAGCACGUGGUUGGUGAACAGCGCUGCGCAUAAAUAUGGCGACCAGCCUUUCGACAAGUACAUAGAAGCCAGAGAAAAUCGUGUAGUAUCCUUCUUCGCGAUUGGUGAAGGCUGGCACAACUACCACCAUGUCUUCCCCUGGGAUUAUUCUACUAGUGAACUGGGUUACGCCUUUAACCUGACUAAAGUCUUCAUCGAUGGGAUGGCACUACUCGGACUGGCAUAUGAUCUGAAGACAGCUCAUCCAGAUUCGAUUAGAAACAGAAAACUGAAAUCUGGAGAUGGCUCGAGGUUGAACCACAGCUCUGAGUAGGAAGUUGCAUUCAAUGGAUGGUGGAAUCAAUUCAACUAGUGCACAAUGCUGAAUUUUCUUUAAUAUUCUGUGAGAAUGCAAGUGUUGUGCAAACUUCAUCUUGAAUUAAAUUUCAUUUCAUAAAAUUUAUUAUAUUUUGAAAACUAUUGAGAUAAUGAUGUUUGGAUUAUAAAUCAAUGCAAUUGUGAUGAUAAAAGAAGACUUGCGCCGCUUUUGGUAUCUUAAAUCAUAGAUAUCUUCCUCAGUUCUGUAACUUUUAGGUCUUCGUUCACAAAUAUUUUGUAAAAAUAUUUUCCACAUUUGUUAACUUGAAUAAAAUGUUGAAUCC